AUGUUUGGCCUAAUACGACGGUUCUCUAGUGAAGACGCCGACGUCAACCAGAGCCAAGACGACCGCGGCCAGCGCGAGCACAAGGAUGGCGUCCGCGACGUCUUCAACCCGCCACGGCACACGGCCAGUCCGUUCCGCCCCCCGCCGCUCGACCCCAUCGUCCUACACGGCUACAAGGACGGCACGCCCGCCUCGUCGCGGCUGCUAAGUCACUCCGUCGCCGAGGAGAUUCGUAACUUGGUGCCCGAGCGGCUGCGCAUCGUCGAGGACUGGAGUCUCGUCUACAGUCUGGAGCAGGACGGGUCCAGCCUGAGCACGCUGUAUCAGAAAUGCAGAGCCUAUGAAGGGAGGCGCGUGGGGUUUGUGCUGGUCGUGCAGGACCAAGAAGGCGGGACAUUUGGCGCCUACCUCUCUGAACAUCCACACCCGUCACCGUCGUACUUUGGCAACGGUGAGUGCUUUCUGUGGCGUGCUUCGACGCUGGCGUCACUACCUCUGCCGCCGUCGGCCGACACGACGAACCUGACGCGCAGCACGACGCUGUCGGCACACAACCCGUCGGCGCUGCGCGAUGGCACCGCCACGCCCGGCUCCCUCGAGACGAUCCGCUUCAAGGCUUUUCCUUACAGCGGCCUAAACGACUUUUACAUGAAUUGCGAGGCUGGCUACCUGAGCGUCGGCUCGGGCGGCGGCCACUACGGCCUGUGGCUGGACGAUUCGCUCGACGUCGGCCACAGCUCCACGUGCGAGACGUUUGGCAAUGAGCCGCUCAGCGAUGUCGGGCACAAGUUUAGCGUCAUAGGCGCUGAGCUCUGGGUUCUUGGUGCGUAG